AUGGCUGCUGCAAACAUCAUCUCUGUAAUCGGAACGGGCAUCACAUUGCUCUCCUUCCUGCUCGACAAUGUUCCGAGCGGCGAUGAGCAGACCAAGCUCAGUUACAUCAUCGCCAACGAUGGUGCUAACGGAGACCUGAGCAGCGCGGGCGGCGAUCUUCCUGACGUCCGUCUUUGGGAUGAGACGGCCGAGUUCCUCGGCGCCAACUAUGACGACGGCUACUGCGACGAGGGUGUCACGACGUGUACAACGGACGUCGACACCCAGGAGGCUGCGACUUAUACGCUCUUCUCAGGGAAUAACGACGCCAUAUGUAUUGCCUGGACCGGAUUAUCGUGGGCCGGCGGCCAAAAGAAGUACGGCUUCCAUCCCGGGAACUGGGCUCACGCGUGUGAUCAGACAUCGUUCAACAAUGGCUAUUGGUACUACGCUGGGACACAGGUCCCAGGCAUCAGCUAUGAAGACGAUGUCUUUUGCGCCUGGGUCGACAAAGAUGGAGACAUUCCAACCACAGGCUUCCAGGUCCACUGGCCCGAAUUCGACGGCGACAAUUCGCAGCAGCAGAACCUGGACUACUACUGUAGGGAACGGCCGCCUGUGUGGUUUCACACCGAGAGCGACCCCGGAUCGAUCUUCCACUGGACUCGGAAGCGCGACCUCUUCGCACGCGACCCAUCGAUCAAAAUGUCGCCAGCUGCAAAACUUCGAGUCGAUGGGGAGAGAGACCAGCAACAGCGGGAGAAGGCCAGGCGACGUCAAGGAGAGCGCCUGACCAAGCGGUUCGAAAAGGACCCUCGCAUCAUCAAAAGUCACUGGGCAAAGCACCUCGCAACGGAACUCUGCAAUCCUGAUGGCCACGCCGCCGGCCAGAGCUUCGUGUCGUACGAGGAGAAGAAGUUCUGUCACAUGCCAACCAAGACCGUCUUCUCAUUCUGUGAAAAUACCGAUGAGGGUGUCUGCUGGUCCGAUGCGGAUAACAAGGUCGUUGUACGGGAUCCCAGCACGGCAAGGCUUCCGGCGCCUGAUAUGAGCCAUGUAUCUAAGAUAAUUGUCUGGGGUCCCGAGUGA